CCGCCGCACCUGCCCGCGACCCCGCCGACAACUUUCCCUGCCUGUUGCGCUCACCGAGCUCCGAGCCCGGCGGGCACUGCCAUGGGCGCCGCGGAGCAGCGCCGCGGGUAGGCGGCCCGCGGGGGUCGGGCCGGGAGCGCUGCCAAGGCUCUCCGCCCUCGCCUCGCUCCGCCGCCGCAGCGAUCGCUGCCCCGCGCUCGGCGAGCAUGGAGGUGCAGCUGGGGGUCGGUCGCGUCUACCCGCGACCGGCGGGCAGGACCUUCCGCGGGGCUUUUCAGAGCUUCUUCCAGAGCGUCUGCGACGCUUUUCAGCCGCCGCGAGAGGAACCGGGAGGCGCCGGGCAGCCGCCGCCAAGCGCGCCCUGCCCGCCGAGUCCCCGAGCGCCGCCGGACUCCCCCGCCUGCCUGCCGCCCCCUCCGGGCUGCCUGCCGCCCCCCGAGCCCCGCGCUGCCGGUAAGGCGCUGCCGCCCGCCGGCCCCGCCAUGGGCUCGUCCUUCCCCUGCGCCGGAGAGCUGAGGGAGCUGCUGGGCGAGGCGGGUGCGAUUCCGAUGCUGCCGCCGCCCGAGACCGAGCUGGCGGACAAGGAAGAUCCGCUGGGCGACAGUGCCCGGCAGCUGUGCCGUGCCGUGUCGGCCUCCAUGGGGCUGGCGCUGGAGGCGCUGGAGACCCCGGCCGAGCAGCUGCCCCGCGAGGACUGCAUGUUCGCCGUGCCCGCCGGGCCGCCCCGAGCCCCGCGCCCGCCUGCCCGCGACCCCUCGCCCGUCUUCGAGGCCGCCCUGGCCGCAGAGCCGCCCGCCGGGCCGGGGCUGCCCCGCGGCUUCGGCCGCGUCAAGCUGGAGAGCGCGGCGGGGCCGGCCCCGGGCGGCGGCUGGGGCGGCCCGUGUCGCUUCGGGGCCGAGCUGGUCCCGCCGGGCCCCGCGCCCCCCUGGCCCACCUUCUUCGCCGAGGAGGGGCAGCUCUACGGGCCGUGCCCCGAGCCGCCCGCCGGGCCCGCCGACUGCCCUGCCGAUGCCUGGUACCCACCGGGCCGGGCGCCUUUCGCCGCGCCCGCCCCCGGCAUCAAGAGCGAGCUGGAGCCCUGGGUCGAGGGCUACGCCGGCGCUUACGGCGAUCUCCGGUUGGAUCCAGGCCGUGACCAUGUCCUGCCCAUUGAUUAUUACUUCCCACCUCAGAAGACGUGUCUGAUCUGUGGAGAUGAAGCAUCUGGGUGCCACUAUGGAGCCCUGACGUGUGGGAGCUGCAAAGUGUUCUUCAAACGGGCAGCUGAAGGUAAACAGAAGUACCUCUGUGCCAGCCGCAAUGACUGCACCAUCGACAAGUUCCGGCGGAAAAACUGCCCCUCGUGCCGCCUGCGCAAGUGCUACGAGGCCGGGAUGACGCUCGGAGCCCGCAAGCUGAAGAAACUGGGUAACCUGAAGGCUCAGGAUGACAUGGAGGGAGCCAGCUCGUCCAGCCCAACGGAGGAGCAAGCUCCCAAGCUGGUGAUGACACGAAUUGACGGCUAUGAGUGCCAGCCCAUCUUCCUCAACGUCCUGGAGGCCAUCGAGCCUGGGGUGGUGUGUGCUGGCCAUGACAACAGCCAGCCUGACUCCUUCUCCAACCUGCUGACCAGCCUGAAUGAGCUUGGGGAGAGGCAGCUGGUCUACGUGGUCAAAUGGGCAAAGGCUCUGCCAGGAUUUCGCAACCUGCAUGUGGAUGACCAGAUGUCAAUAAUCCAGUACUCCUGGAUGGGCCUGAUGGUGUUUGCUAUGGGAUGGAGAUCCUUCACCAAUGUCAAUUCCAGGAUGCUUUACUUCGCUCCAGACCUGGUCUUCAAUGAGUACCGCAUGCACAAAUCCAGGAUGUACAGCCAGUGCAUCAGGAUGAGGCACCUCUCCCAGGAAUUUGGGUGGCUUCAGAUCACCCCCCAGGAGUUCCUCUGUAUGAAGGCUCUCCUCUUCUUCAGUAUUAUUCCAGUGGAUGGCCUGAAGAACCAGAAGCUCUUUGAUGAGCUCCGCAUGAAUUACAUCAAGGAACUUGACCGGAUCAUUGCCUGCAAGAGGAAGAACCCCACCUCCUGCUCGCGGAGGUUUUACCAGCUCACCAAGGUCCUGGACUCUGUGCAUCCGAUUGCCAAGGACCUGCAUCAGUUUACAUUUGAUCUCCUAAUCAAGGCACACAUGGUGAGCGUGGACUACCCAGAAAUGAUGGCCGAGAUCAUCUCUGUGCAGGUUCCCAAGAUCCUGUCUGGAAAAGUCAAGCCUAUCUACUUCCAUGCACAGUGAUCUUUCAGAGGGACCCCCGUGCUGCCACCCCCAUUCCAGCCAUCUCCUGCCUGUUACUUCUGCACUACUGUCCUGCAGUGCCUUGGGGAAUCCCUCUGUGGCGGUGGCCAAGAGGACAGGCAGUGACAGACCUGCUGGGAUUCCUGAGAUUACUAUUUUCCUGAGGUACCUCUGAACUGAACCCCUGGCACCGACCUCUGCCUGGCACCAGCUGCUCACAGUGAUGGACAGGGACUGGUGGGGGCAGUGGCACCAUGUCUGAGUGUUCUCCUCUGUUUGUCACUGUGACUCCAGCAGCCCAGGGCCAUGGGACAGCAGAAGAAGUGCCAGUGGUUGGUGGGUUUGGGGUGAUUUUUAUAAAAAGAAUACAACAC